UACAAAUUUUUCCCUUUCACUCUUUCCCCCUCACAGAAUUUCCCCAAAUUUUUUUCCCUCUGUCUUUUCUCUCUCACGGUAAUCUCUCUUUCUUCCCUCACUCCUCUUCUCUCUUUUUCCCCUCCAUCGGACCCGUCUGCAACCGCCACCCAUUGCACAGCCACCCAUCUGCCACCGAUGCUAGCCACCGCCGCCGCCGUCGUCGUCGACCUCCAAUGUCGCCGUUAGGUGCGACUUGGUUUCAGUAUUUGGUCUUUUGGCCUUCAAUCCAGCUACUUUCCCUUAUCCUUUCAGCCAAUUAUAUAUCACACUCAAGCAUUUUACUCAUUCGAUGCCAUUCUGCUUGGAGCGUUUUAUCUCCUUCUCAUAGCUACUUUCCCUGACUCAAUCGGAGCAUAUUUUGGUCACAUUGAUUUCACCCUCUAAUUCAAGGUCUAUUACGUGGACAUGUUUAUUUCUUCCUACAGUAUAUACAAGAUUUGGUAAUCAACGUUAUUUUUCUUGGAUGUCUAAUUAGCCAUGACUGAAUUUUUCCGGGUCACGCUAGAUAAAUUGGUUAAACCAUCAAACACUGUCACUGACUACAACACCAGGUUUAGUGGAAUCACAUGUGAGUUGCUAAAUGGGGUGACUACAAGCCUUAAGGAAAUUCAGCUUUCAGAUUUUGGUCUUGCAGUGUCCAAUGGGGCCCAAAACAGGAACAACAUUAAGCUUUCAGGAACUUUGGGUUAUGUAGCCCCAGAGUAUCUUUUAGAUGAGGCAGCCUGCCUAGUUUACUUACUACUACACACUUUUGAGCAGCUAUCUAUCUCCUUUUGCUUAAGGAUGUUCAUCCAACAAUCUCCAGCUCUCUAAAAAUCAUUAGCUACAUCCCAUCAACCAGCUACUUCUAAGUUUUAUGUUGGUGUUUGAUGACUUUUUGUGUACAAAGAACUACAUUUGAACAAUUGCAUUUUUUGAAGUGUUAAAGGAUAUUUUUAAACACUUUGGAACUUUGAUGAUGGUUAUAGACAAUGUUAUGUAUUUGAUAAUAUAUUUUUAUGUUAAUAUAAUGU